AUGAUUUCUCUUUUUACAGAAAAACCUGCCAUUGCUCCACCUGUCUUUGUAUUUCAGAAGGAUAAAGCACAGAAGUCCCCUGCAGAGCAAAAAGGUUUGUCGGAUUCAGGCGAGGACCCACAGGGAGAGGUUGAGCCCCCCCACCAUGGUCUGGGUCACAGAGGAUCAGCUGGUGAGCACGACUCUGAGCAUCCUGCUCCGGUUCUUGCCUCAGUCAGUGCUUCCCUGAGUCUCGCUUCUGAAGCCCAGCUUGCUCCUAUUCAACAAGAACUGGCAGGGAGAUCAGCAGAUGGAUCAAGUCCAGAAGAUGGAGAUGAAUCUGAUCGAGAGGAUGGGAGCUACUGUCCACCUGUAAAGCGUGAGAGAACUUCAUCCUUAACUCAAUUUCCUCCUUCUCAGUCAGAGGAAAAGAGCAGUGGAUUCCGGCUGAAGCCACCAAUACUUAUCCAUGGUCAGGCACCUAGUGCAGGACUCCCAAGCCAGAAGCCAAAGGAGCAGCAGCGCAGUGUGCUACGUCCAGCAGUGUUACAGGCACCACAGCCAAAAGCUUUCUCACAGAUGGUUCUCAGCAGUGGCACCAAUGGUGUAAAUAUCCCUCCAGAUUCUGCAACCACAUCAGAAUCACUAAGUAAUGCAACACUGAAAAAUUCUGACUGUGAAGACAAGGCAGGAGAAUGUCAGAAAAGAGAGUCCAACAAUACUUCAGAUGAUGACAGCUGUGAGAAGGCAGAACUAAAUGCUCAGCAAGCGUUUGUAUUUGGGCAAAACUUAAGAGAUAGAGUUAAGCUAGGUGAUGAAAGCCAUGAAACUGCUGAUGUGCAGAAUGCUGGCCUUCCUACAUCAGACCUACCUUCUGCAACAAAUUAUUUUCUACAAUACAUCAGUUCCAGUGCAGAGAACUCUACAAACAGCACAGAUGCAUCUAACAAGUUUGUUUUUGGACAAAACAUGAGCGAGCGAGUCCUAAGUCCACCAAAAUCAAACGAAGGUAGUACAGAGAGUAAUAAGGAGAACCCUGCUACAGAGUCUGGUUCUGAAUCAUCUUCUCAGGAAGCCACACCAGAGAAAGCUAAUAAUAUUUCAGAAUCACUGGCAGAGUCUGCAGCAGCCUAUACUAAAGCGACAGCCAGGAAGUGUUUAUUAGCCAAGGUCGAAGUGAUUACUGGGGAGGAAGCUGAAAGCAACGUCUUGCAGAUUCAGUGCAAGCUGUUUGUAUUUGAUAAAAACUCUCAGUCUUGGGUGGAAAGAGGUCGAGGACUUCUGAGACUCAAUGAUAUGGCCUCAACAGAUGAUGGAACGUUACAGUCUCGGCUGGUGAUGAGGACCCAGGGGAGUCUCAGGUUAAUCUUGAAUACCAAGCUCUGGGCCCAGAUGCAGAUUGAUAAAGCCAGUGAGAAGAGUAUCCGGAUCACUGCCAUGGAUACAGAGGACCAGGGAGUUAAAGUUUUUCUUAUAUCAGCAAGCUCUAAAGACACAGGGCAGUUGUUUGCUGCCUUGCACCACCGGAUCUUGGCCUUGCGGAGUAGAGUGGAACAAGAGCAAGAAGUCAAGAGUGCAGCACCUGAGCCAGAGGUGACACAAUCAAACGAGGAAGACAGUGAUGAUGAUGUCAUUGCACCUUCAGGAUCAGCUGGAAGUGGUCCUAAUGAUGAAGGUAACGGGCAGAAUGUUGGCAGCACAUAGCGGAUGUGAGUGGAUCUGCUUGCAAGGCUGCUAUGAACACCAUCUUGCAGGCACCUCUGGAUCCCCCAGGCCAGCUAUUAUUUCAGGCAGUGUUGAAGACUCCAGGACUUAAGAACUGUGCAUCCCUGUUCUGUUUGUUUGGUUUUUUGGUCUGGAUCAGUAGAUUCCACACAAAAAAAGCAGACUUGGAAACUACCUGAAUGUGGUUUGGGACGUGAAAGCUCAUCAUAUUGAUGAGCCAAAAAAAAAACAACAAAAACCAAACAUUUCCCCUCAUCCCUGUAAUUGAAAUGGCACAUUACAGCUUGUCACAGCGUUUCAUUGGGACCUUUUGACUGUUUCUUCAGUAGUUCAUUUCUUGCAGGCCUCCGAGAUAGAACUUUCUGACAUGAUUCCAACUUGAAUUCUGCUUUGAUAACCCCUGCUCCCCCUUAGGAGUUUCUGCCACC